UUAUUUUGUCGAUAUAAAAAAUAAAUUACUGGAUUAUAUUACUAUCAGUAAAAUUACUUUGAAUCACUUUAAAAUCCCUAAGGUAUAUAUAGAUUAGGUAAAUGGUAAUUUUAUCUUCAACAUUAAAUUAAAUAGUCGUCUGUUUGUAAACCGUUGUCAAAGUUGCACGAGUCGCCAUCGCUGUCAUGGCAUCCAGGAGAAAGGCUGACAAUCUGUUCCGGGACAUGCUUGAUGACGACUUCAUACAAGUGUUUCAUCUAAAUCAUAUAGUCCAACGUUGUUUGGGUUUCGGUCGGGUUAACAUGAAAUAUAACUUCGUUACAGAAGUGUCAACUAUGUCCCGAUUGUACGCGAGUGCGAUUAUAUUCCUUCAUUCUUUAUCUAUUGUAAACGUCGUUAUAAAUUGUGAAACUAGCUUGACUACGAAAUUUACGAAUGAAAGUUUAAAAUUGUGCUUAAUUUUUAACGGAAGCAUCACUAGUAUAGUAAUUUGGCGAAACAACUUCUCAAAGGGGAAUGCUAAUAGCAUGCUUUACGUAAAACUCCAGAAACUGGAUCGCCACCUGAACAUGGGCGACAGAAGGACGUCGAACAGAAAAAUUACGUUGUUCUCAUUUAUUACGACAAUUCUAAGCGUUAUUCUUGGACUAGUCUGGAUCCUUGUUCUGAACCUCGUAUCGAUGAAACAGUUUUGUCCUACAACGUUCUUCGCUAUAUUUCCGACCUUUGGCAUCUACGCAGAAAUGUAUCUGUGUAUUCAUAUCAUGCUGUUUCUAAUGAAACGAGUGGAUUUCGUCAACAGAUGGUUGCAAGUUUUAAUACAAAAAAAGCCCAAAAUGCCCUGUAAUACUAGUAAUAGUUGGUUUACAUCGGACUUUCACGUUGAUGACCGCCAACGUAUUGAUAUCAUUCUUGCAAUGCAUUAUAUUUUAGACGUAGUGUCAGAUCUUGUAAAACUUUUCCAGUUUCAGAUUAUUGGCUUCAUUGCGAUGUUCAUCUUGUGGGAUUUCGUAACGAUGUGGAUUUUUGUUAAUUCUAUUAAAGAGCAGACAUCUAUCGACGUUGUUACGAUUAUUACCAAUGUACCUAUCACGAUAGCAAUGCCGACUGUAAUAGUUGUGGCAUGCUUGGUCGGAGGAGCUCUAACUAAUAAGCUGGAAAAAUCUAGAAAACUGUGUAUCAAUAUAACGUCAUAUUGCGAAGAUAAAACAAGAGCAAGUGCCAAACAAAUACUAUCACUAAUGACAGAAAACAAAUUGGAUAUUUCCAUUUACGAUAUUUUUAAUUUGAACAGUCGAUUGCCGCUCGAGUUAUUUGUCAUUACCGCUAAUUAUGCCAUCGUGUUCUUACAGUUCGCUAUGUUGUAAAAGAUCUACUUAGCAAUUUCAACAGUA